AUGCGAGAGCCAAAUCUUAGCUUUCCUCAUCAGAACCGUGCUUCAAUAUGCAUCACGUCUGCAGUCUACGAUCGUCGUGCUCUUGACUCGACAGCAACACUACCGCUGAUUAAUUCGCUUACUCAUUUGGCUUAUUUGACUUCAACUUCACCUCGCAUCCGGGAAAUCCUGUCGUUGGAUGGUGGUUUAGAGCAAUUGGUUCGCAUCCUUUCAGCAGAGCAGCAGCCCAAUGAUCUUCGUGGCUUAUGGAAGUGGUCUCUUGCUUUCCAAUGCACCGUCAAUAUUGGUGUACGUGGUACCGAACAGAUUCGAACAAGAGUCGUCGAUGCAGGGAUGGUGACCAUUGUGUUGCGCGUAUUGCAAAACUUCUUGCGAGCCUUGGAGGUUGUAUCUCGUGAGCAACAAGACCAGGAGAAACGGCAACAGCAACAGCAACAACAGCAAGGAGAUAGUAUCUCUGCAGCAACAGUAGCAGCAGCGGCAGCAGCGGCAGCAGCAGUGGCAUCUAACAAUGUUGCAAGUAAUCGACCAUUGUGUAUAAGCAGCAGCAACAACAACAACAACAACAACAAUGGCGGCGUUGGUGGUAGUGAUGGUGGCGGCAACGCAUCAUCCACAUCAUGGACAUCAUCCGACAAUACAGCAACAGCAGCAGCUGCAGGAUUACAACCACAACCAGAACCAUUUAUUCAACAACCCGAUACAACAAAGCCAUAUACCGAUCAUAAUACACCAUCAUCAUCAUCAUCUUCGUCCUCCUCCUCCAAUCCUCUUUCCGCAACAGCAACAACAACUACAACUACUACUUCUACAACUACCAAUAACACCAACACCAUAUCAUCUCAUCAUUCUUCUUCUUCUUCUCCUCAUCAUCCUCAGCAUCGUCAUAUCAAUAGUCUUCGUCGACGUACCACUUUUCCUUAUGUCAAAAUCACAGCCGAUCAACGACGACGGAACCGUAUGGAACGACAACAUACAUUUGCACCACCUUCAUCUACCAAUACUUCUCUGAAUGUGGACAAUGUAUUCUAUCGUGAAGAUGAUAUCUUGAUGUCACUCCAAUUACUGGCUUAUUUGUCAAAGUAUCCACACAUCCGCGACCUGUUCCACACAGCUUUUCAUACCAACGUGUUUUCAGUGGUGGAAAAGUUCACACAUCGAAUCCAUCCAAAGCCGAUCCAAUACUGGGCAGGAGUUAUUAUGCGCAAUGGGUGUCGUAAGGAUGAGACACGAGGUGGUAUUCGCAAAUGUGCCAAUGUCCAUUGUACAAAGUGGGAACAAAAGCCUCGUGAAUUCGCCAAAUGUCGACGGUGCCGUAAGGCAAAGUAUUGCAGUAAGGAAUGUCAAAGCAAGGCUUGGAGUGAAGGCCAUCGUUGGUGGUGUGUGGAAAAACCAUCCACUGCCGUUGCUGCUGCCGCCGUCGUAGCCGCUGCUGCUGCUGCCACCACUUCCACAACACCUUCGAACACAACCAACACACCACAACCACCACAACCCCAUCAUCAUCAUCAUCAUGCACAACCACCUCUUCCGACAACAAGAACAGCUACUACCACUACAACCACCGCUCCCACCACAACAUCACCUGCAGGGAUGCCAACGACAUCAGCCGAACAGCAACAAGGAUCUCCUACACCACACACUACUGCAGAUACAUUACUUUCUUUGCAUUAA